UGCGGGCCCGCGGGCUGCGCUGCAAGGGCGGCGGCGGCCCCGGGGGGCAGCGCCCCGGCAGCAGCGGGUCCCGGCGACGUGUACGCCGUGCUGGAGCUGGGCCGGCAGCGGCACCGCACGGCCGUGGCGGAGCGGAGCGGCGGCAGCGCCGAGUGGCAGGACGGCUGCGCCCUGGAGCUGCCCCCCGGGCCCGGCUCCCCGCCCGUCCUCACCGUCACCGUGCUGCAGCGGGCGCUGCUCGGGGCCGACCGCUUCCUGGGGCGCUGCAGCCUGGCCCUGCCCUGCCCGGCCCCCCCCGGCCGAGCCGCGGAGCUGGGGUGGCACAAGCUGCACUCCAAGGCUGGGAAGAAGGAGAAGGAGCGGGGCGAGGUCGAAGUGAGCGUCCAGUUCGUGCGCAACAACCUGACGGCCAGCAUGUUCGACCUGUCCGUGAAGGACAAGCCGCGCUCGCCCUUCGGCAAGCUGAAGGACAAGGUGAAGGGCAAGAAGAAAUACGACUUGGAGUCGGCCUCUGCCAUCAUCCCCAGCAGCGUGGGCGCCCUCGACGGGGAGGAUGACUUCGACAUCGGGGGCAAGAAGUCCAAAAUCAAGGGCUUCUUGAAGAGCAAGCUGCGCAAGUCGUCCCUGACGCAGUCCAACACCUCGCUGGGCUCCGACAGCACCAUCUCUUCGGCCAGCCUGGGCCUGGCUGCAAACGCUGCCGAGGUAACCAAAUCCCCCAGCAGACACAGCAGCCUGUCCACGGAGCGCUCUGUGAGGGACUUCUUGCCGUCCCCGAGGCUGACCCACAAGAGAGCGUUCAGCGACGACGUCUCCCAGGUCAGCCCGGUCCUGGAGCCGAAAGCCAUCCAAAGCCUGAAGCCAAAGAGCGACCCCGUGUCCCGGUCCUCCCUCUGCAUCAACGGCAGCCACGUUUACGGCGACGAGCCUGCAUUGCAGAGCCCCACGCCUGCCCCGCGGAGCUCCGCGCCGCUGCCCGUGCCCGGCGGCCCCAGGAGGCCGGAGGAGGGCUUCGGCUUCGCCCCCCUGCACCCGGAGCCCCCCGAAGCACCCUGGGGGGGCUUCGAGAGGACGCAGCAGAGAGACGAGCCCAGGUUCAUCCCGUCUCCUCCCAGCUUAGUCCUGCAGGAAGAGCUGAAGGUGUCCACCAAAGCCGUGACCCUCAGCAACCACCUGGGCAGAGCCAGGAUGGAGGAGAGCGGCCGCUCGGAGAGCAAGCCCACCCAAGCUGCGGCGCCCUUGGUGGUCUCCGCGGAGGCGCGGCAGGAGAAGCAGGCGGAAGAAUCGAGGAAGGAAGAGAAGAAACCCAAAGGCGGCUUCUUCCACCACGGGGGCACCAAGAGCGACGCCGGGGGCAGAGGCCAGGGAGAGAAAACGGGAGGCUCGCCCGCGGCAGGCGACGAGAGGAGCAGGGCCGGCGGCUGGUUCGCGUCCAAGGAGCCCAAAGAGAGCCCCCAGAAACCCAGUUUCCCGCCUGGGCCGCAUGCUUCAACAGAGGUCGCUGGGAGCUUGUGUUCCUCUGCGGAUUGCAGUCCCUCUGCCUCCCUCAGGCUCACGGACCCGGAGAGGGAUCCUCCAGCCCCAAACGUUGGCGUCCCUGUCCCAGAAACCACUCCCCCGUCGCACGGAGACCUUCCUCCUCCGGACGAGCAAGCCGCCGCCGGUCCUCCUCCCCUCUCGGAGUGGGACGCCACCUUCGACGCCUUUGCCACCAGCAGGCUCAACCCGGAGCCGAAGAAGGAAAACUUGUUGGCUUCGGUGGCGGCGGAGGGCAUGGCCUUCAUCGACGAUCCCGACGCGGCGAGCCCCACGGACGGAUCGGCCGAGAAGGGGGCGAAGGCUUUCGAAAAGGCCGAGCCGCAGACCGGCAGCGAAAUGCCCCCGGCUCUACGGUCUUGGACGAAUUUCUCCGGUUUGGACGUGGGGGCGAACUUGGUGAGCACAACGCAGGAAGCGACCGUGAUAGAGGACGUGCUGAGCCCCGUGUCCGCGGGGUCGGGGGGGAGGAGGAGGAAAAGCAGCACGCCGAUGGUUUGGGCGCCUGCGUUCUCGUCAGGAAACCCGGGGGAGAAGGAGGCUUCGGCGGCACGAACUGCUGAAAAACGCGGCGGGGAGGACAGGGACAGUAACGAGGAGGAAACCUCUAGUGCGGGGGAGAACGGGUGGAUGACCAUCGCCACCGAAACCGCUCCUGAUCCGUCGGAGAGCACCCAAAGCAUAGGCCAGGAGAGCGCGUUCGGGCAGCGGCCGUUCCUCAGCGAAGGCACCUUCGAAGCGAAAAGCGGUCCUCGCGCCGCCGCUUGCGUCCUGCCCAGAAGCAAAUUCCCCCCCGAGACCGCCUCCGAAACGCUGCCGGGGGGCAACGUCGCUGCCGUGCCCCCGCGGGUGCUCCCGGAGGCGGCGGUGAGACGGUUCCCCGCGGCCCCCGAGCCGGGACGGGACCCCCAGGGCGCCGGUGGCCAGGAGGAGACGUUCGACAUCAGGACCUCGGUGUACCGGCUGCAGGCGAGCAUGCGGCUGGAGGCCGGCGAGGGCCGCGUGAGGCUCAGCUCCGACGUUCGCGAGAGGCACGUCGUCCUCUCCCCGUGGACGGGUGUGCGAGGGGAGCAGGAGGAGGACGCGGCGCCCGGCUCGGAUGCGUCGGCGUCUGCGCCGCCCCCCAAACCUCCGAGGUGGUUCGCGGCCGCGGGUGGCGGAGGGGACGGCGAGGAGGAGGUGUGCGACCCGAAGGUGAGGCAGCAGGGCGGCGAGGAGCGGCGGGAAGGUGUGGAGGGUCUGAAGGGGGACGUGGAGCUGCCGAGGAGACACCGGAGCGGCGAGACGGCCGUCCCAGCUCCUCCAAGCCCAACUGCACCCGGGGCCGCCACCGCCGAAGCUGCGCCUGAGAUCCCGGCCUCUGGGGAUGCCGAGGGUGCUGCCACAGACUCAGAGCCUGACGUGGGGGCAAAAGCUGCGGAGCUGGCCAAAGGGGACACCUCUCUGGGGACAGACCCGUCGGAGACGAGUGGGGAGGAUGUGGCCGAGCAGUUUGAGACUUGCCCGUCGAAGCUCUCCCCGGAGAGCUGGAGCCAGCCAGCUUUACCCCCUCUAUCCCCGGGGCCGGCAGGCGGUGCUGAGUUGGAGACGGCCACGGAGCAGGAGCAGUUCCCCGAGGAGCUGAGUGUUUCAGGAUUAACCCCGUCUUCCAGGCUAGACUCGGGCCAGCCUGAAGCCUUCUGGACGGCUCUGGAAGAGCAGGAGGCAGCGGGCUGUCCCCAAAGGUCCCAUCUCGGGGUGGAAGCAGCGCUGGAGAGUGCUGUGGGCUCUGCAGGGCGCUGGCUCUUCUCUCCUUGGAGCAGCCCUCACCCGGUGAAGCCCAUCAGCGCUGCGGUGCAGGAGGCCCCCGGCGAGAAGAAGCAGCAGCACAAGUCCAGCCUGACGGCGGCUCUGAGCAACGGCCUGGAGAAGCUGAAGACGGUCACCACGGGCAGCAUCCAGCCCGUGGCCCCGUCGUCUCACCCGGAGAAAGCGGACUCCAAGAAGUUGAAGGAUCCCACCGUGCUGGACCAGUCCGCCAAGUAUUACCACCUGACCCACGACGAACUCAUCCAGCUCCUGCUGCAGAGGGAGAAGGAGCUGAGCAAGAAGGAGGAGCACAUCCAGGAACUGGAGAAUUACAUUGACCAGCUGCUGGUGCGCAUCAUGGAGCAGUCCCCCACGCUCCUCCAGAUCCCGCUGGGGGAAGCCAAGACCAAGUAACCUCCUCGCGGAGCCCAGCAGCGCUUGCCUAGAGCACUUCUCCAAUAACCGCGCUGCAAACAUCCCUGCACUCCCCCCCUCCUCUUGCAAGAGGGCUCCGGUGGCUUCUGUUCGCAGAGUUUAGCAGGAAAGGUGGUCUGCUCCUCCCCAGCCCCAGCUUCACCCAGCUCCUGGGAACUAUAGGGUGGGAGGCUGUCCUCCUCCGCCCUAUGGGGAGGAGCAGAGCCCUCUGCGGGAGGCAGAUGCCUCCUGAGGUUCCUGUGCAAGUGGCACCUUCUCAGGCCCUCAUCCUGCCGAUGCUUCAAGUGGUCCGUGGGCAUUCUGAGAGCUGGAAAGCGGCCACCUCGCCCUCGUCUUCGUCAUGCUGCUGCUGCUCUCCUGCCUACAGUCUUCCGCGGUCUCUUCUCUGAACUGGUGUGCCCUGGCCGAUGGGCAGGGCUAAAUUGGUUGAAGAAAUUGGGGAUGCUUGAACCGGGUGAGGGUCUACCGGCCCGUCACUGUCCCCUGAGUGUGCUCAGCAGGGCAGCUAGGGCAAGGGGCUGCUGUCGGAUGCUGUUGUGCACCGUCGGUGCUGGGGGAGAGCUCCUCGCACGCCGCCCGGCCCUCCACCCGUGCGUACAAACCACAGGUGAAAUUUCGGAUCAGUAUUAACCCCCCCGGCCCUGUGUCUGCAGGAAGUGCUUUCCACCGGCUGCCCCCCCCCGCCACCGACUUCGUGUUGUCGUUCUCAACGCAACAGGAAGAUGCCAUAGGGACCGAAGCUAGUGUGCAAAGGCUGCCCGGCUGCCCUGCCGCCUCUAUGCAUGACAUCCCCGCAGGUCAGGCAGCCGCCCGACACACGCAAGCACAUGCUGUGACAGCUAGCGACCCGGCAAUCAGCGCAGAUCCCCUUCGAGCCAGUAUUAGUCCCAAAGCAGCUAGAGUUCUAUCACAUCUACGCGCCCGUGUCGGGUCUCGGGCAGCUUGGGCCCACCCUUAGACGUCCUAGGCGAGCUCUCUCGGGAGUUGAAUGCUUCUUGCUAACUUGGAGUGAGCGUGUAAAGGCUCCCUGAACGCUUGGUGGAGUAGCUGUAGGUGGUGACAGUCUGAGGCUGGUGAGCAACGCUCCUGGCCCCUGGAGUACGGCGCAGCUUUUGGUUUGGAGAUGCUGGGGAAGGGCACGUCAGAGGUGUUGCUCCCUCUCUUCUUGUGCCGGUGUUUUGGCUACAAGGUGCCCGUGCAGGCGGAGGAUCAGUGCGUGUGGGACUUGAGCUGUCUCAACGUGCAGGGCAUCUUUUCUGUAGAUCUUAAAAAGUUCCUGGAUUUUUUUAAACUUCAUACUCUUUUUUUUUUUUUUUUUUCUCCUUACUUGUUUCCGUGUAUACCGUGACUGAAAAAUUGUGCCUUUCGCAAAAGAACAAUGGCAGUUUCCUACCAAAAAAAGGCUCUGAAAUCCAAUUUCCAGCGCAGUGUAACGUGGCUUGGCCAGCUUUUGCCUGCUAAUUCGAACUAGGUGAGUUUAUUUCUAAAAGCAAUCAGCAGAGCCUUCCCGUCCCUGUGGGCUGUUUGCUUUGGUCUUCGGCAGGCAGGCUGCGUGGACAGCUCUGUGACAGGGGAGAUGCAGAUACUAAGGGCUGAUGCUGAGCGUAGGGCAUGGCAGAUACUACAAGACAAAAUUCAGCUGCGUGAAGACAGGAUUGGGUCGCGCUCGCAGCCUGAGGCUGUUGGAAGUAGGAGGUAUCAGCUUAAAAGGGGAUCUGGCGUUGAUGGCGGCGACGGUAUUUGGUCAUAUCUAGCUUGCACGCCACCGUAAUAAAAGGAGGAUUUGUGAGCCUGGACCUGCCCUUGUCCCUAACAGGGAGGUAAUCUGGGGUUUUGCACCUCUCUACCUGCAUCUUUCUGUUCCUCCUCCCUCCGUGUGUCUCAGAUGCGGGGACUUGCAUUUCUGGUGUAAGAUGUGAGGGUCUGAGGGAAGGUGUUUCACUCUUUAUAUAGAGAGAGAGAAAAAAGAAACUUCUCUUUGCCUAUAUAAUCAAAAUCUCCCAUGGCCUGGGAGCAGGGUUCCCUGUCUGGGUGCCCGUGUCCUGUAGAAAAGCCUUCGCUUUCACCUGGAACCGGGCAGGGAGUUGUGGACAGCUGGAACGGCGUCAGGAGAGCUGCGCAGCGUGGGGAGGAGGGCAGGGAGAGGGGGCAGGGAUGUCGAGCAGUACAAGCUCACGUCAAAGGGACGUUACUAGGGGACAGAAAAUUACACAGGGCAGAAGUCCUGCAGUGUCCACGCUGGCUCCGCUGCUUCCUUGGACUUCUCCCCGCCGCAGGUGCUCCCCACACACAAGUGCCGAUGUUUUUAAGGAGCUUGCUGCGCCUCCUCCCUGCCUCUCUCCUCCUCUUCACCGCGUCUAACCGCCUCCGUACGCCCCGCUCUGCCUCAGUCAGCUCUGCCUUUUCUUCCGAAGCUCCACCGUUUUGCACUUUAGAUCUUCAAGUCGAUCUCAGAGCUACGGAGCGCCGUCUCAGGUGCGCGGCCUCCGCAGCAACACGUGCUUCCUUCUGCCGCCUGCCCGCUGCGCGCCGCUUGCUUGUGUUUAGGAGGCAUCUGACAGGUGCUCGUCUUCUGUUUCUCCACCCCACCACCCCGAGAACGUUCCCUCCCCGCAGUUUUUCUUCUCUGCAUAAGAGCAAGCACUUGACUACACCACGCGCCAACGCUAAAGGCAGAGUCUGUGUAACUUUGUCGCUAAAACCUCGAAGUAAAACCUCCAAGCCACCCGAGGGACCGGUUGUGGGGACCUCGAUGUUUUCUCUUAGGUGCGGGGGGUGAGAGAAAUAACUGGCGGAGAUGUUCUCAGGUUGCUCACGUCCCAGAUCCAUAUUCAGUGGUUAUCUGAAGACAGGGAGGCGAGCAGUGCUGCCCGGCGUGCAGGAUGACACCCGGGGCUCUGUCGCCCGUUGCUGAAAGGAGCAGACAAAAGGAUUUUAACGAAGUCGCCUGGGCCAGCCGCAGCGUUUCACUGGUUCGGUUUCAACCACAGCCGUAGCAAUAACUCCGUAUUUUGCCUUUUGCAUCCUGGUCCGUCCUUCUUUUUUCCCACAUUCAAGCUGUUUCACAGGUUUUCCGCAGGGUUUGCUCUCAUCUGCUCUGUUCUGUUGUCAGCCCACAACUGGGCUUCUUGCUUUUAAAGAACUCUGGCCGAGUGAUUAAUUUUUGUGUUUGCUGCCCCUUCCGGCCCGGAGUUACGGGACGGAAGACCAGCCGAGGUAUAUCCUUAAACUGGAAGAAACCUGAAGGGACGUGGGUACCGGAGUGUGACGUAGACCCAGCCUUACGACUUGUCUGUGAAGAAAGAGCCGCGCGUGUCGUGUGUUGUAAACGUGGGGUGGAGAAACAUCCCCAAAACGGGAGAGAGAAGUGUUGGGGUUCGGGGAGUUGUUGAUUUCCCUGUACUUCGCGUACGUGGGAAGUGGGUUCUGUGUGUUUCAUGUUUUAAUAGUUGCAACUAAUGUUUAUAAAGAGCUUGUUAUUUACGUUUUAAGCACUUUAAAAAAAAAAAAUAAUAAAAGUUGUUCAAGCUGUUCCUA